AUGGGCGAAAAGAGUAAUAACGCGACGAUAGCCUAUCAAAGUAUAGCCAAAUGCUAUGCUGAUGUGAACACGAAUAUGCCUAGUAGUUACUGGGACUAUGAUGCACUUCAAGUUCAAUGGGGUUCUCAAGAAAAGUAUGAGAUCAUAAGAAAAGUAGGACGUGGAAAGUACUCUGAAGUGUUUGAGGGUGUUGAUAUCGAGAAGGAUCAAAAAGUGGUCAUCAAAAUCUUGAAGCCUGUCAAAAAGAAGAAGAUUAAGCGUGAAAUCAAGAUUCUACAGAAUAUUGCAGGAGGUGUGAAUGUGAUUGAGUUGCUAGAUGUCGUGCGAGAUUCUCAGAGUAAGACACCUGCACUUGUGUUUGAAUAUAUCAACAAUACAGAUUUCAAGAUUCUUUAUCCUAAAUUCACUGAUUAUGAUGUACGAUAUUACAUGUAUGAAUUAUUAAAAGCAUUAGACUAUUGUCAUUCAAAAGGGAUUAUGCACCGAGAUGUCAAACCUCAUAAUGUCAUGAUUGAUCAUGAGAAGCGUCAACUACGUUUGAUUGAUUGGGGAUUAGCAGAGUUUUAUCAUCCUGGUACAGAAUAUAAUGUGCGUGUAGCAUCGCGUUAUUUUAAAGGACCCGAACUGCUUGUUGAUUUCCAAGAAUAUGACUAUAGUCUGGACUUAUGGAGUUAUGGCUGUAUGUUUGCCAGUAUGAUUUUCCGCAAAGAGCCCUUUUUCCAUGGCCAUGACAACUAUGAUCAAUUGGUCAAAAUUGCCCGUGUACUUGGUACAGAUGAAUUGUUUGCCUAUUUAGAUAAAUAUGGUAUUAAACUAGACAAACAAUAUCAUGAGAUUCUUGGAAGAUACACUCGUAAACCAUGGACUAAAUUCAUCACCAAUGAAAAUCGCCGAUACAUUUCAAAUGAAGCCCUUGAUUUCUUGGACCAUUUACUUCGUUAUGAUCACCAAGAAAGAUUAACAGCUAAAGAAGCCAUGGCACACCCAUAUUUUGGUAAGUUAUCUAUUCUGUAUUGUUAGACUCAUACAUAGUUAGAUAUGGUAAGAGAACAAGCCAAAUAAAAAGGUUUAUUAGCAUAGAUCUGAUCUGAUGUGUUUAUGUGAACCCAUUCUCCAUCGAUAAAAUUAAAUCUUCGACAUAACAACAAGAAGAGUAAAAAAAAUUUUUUUUUCUUUUUUUUUUUUUUCUUUGCACAUACCCUAUUCCCUCUCUUCCCUCUUAAUUUCAUUAGAACAAGAAAGAAAGAGAGAAGGAAGACAGACAAAAAGAAAAAGCUUCUUUCUUUAACAACUUAUGCAUUUUACUUUUCAAAUCAUUUAUCGAC